UUUCAGUGGCCCAAGGAGGCUCAAGGAAAUAAGUUAUGAAAAAUAUAUUUUGUAGUUAUAUAUAUAUUUAAAUAACACACACGGUGAUUUACAUGGGGGCUUUAAUUAUUAUGCAUUUAUUUCAAGCCAUUGUCAUUGAACUAGCUAUAUCAUUAUUUUAUUUCCCCUGACAUUAACCACAAUCAAUUGAAAUAAUAACUAUAUUUGAAAACAAUACUUGCACAAAAAUCAACACGAUAAUAAUUUCCCCUACAUGUAUACAAAUACUGUAUAAUAUGAACUAUGUUUGAAAGUACAGUAUUCUUUGUAUUUAUUUUUGAGUGGACAUAGCUACCUACGUCAGAUCCUGUCACAAGGUAAACAUAGAUGCUUCAGACAACUCUGGCUGCUUCCUCUCUCGGCUGUCGUUACUUCUAGUUAGUAAAAUUAACUAAACUCUCAUCAUUACCGGACAACUUAAAAUGGGUAGUUAAUACGAUGAUUAGAUGAAUACUAAAUGUAUCAAUUUGUGAAGAAUUGGGAAUGGAUCAUCUGUAUAAACUGUCAACGUUUCCUUCUGGUCGUAGGUUUGCUAGCUAACGCCGUUAGCUGCUAGUUAUCCUUGUAGCCAGAGCCUUCUCUUCUUGUAGCUAGCUAGAUCAGCAGGCUAACUCUGCUCUACCAGCCAGUACGGGAGAAUAACAACUAGCUAAUCCAGCCACUUGUUAGCACAGUUCAUUGUAGCUAACUACAUAAGUUUGACAGUUAACGUUAGCUAAAGAGAAUGGCGUCGUCAUUUGUGAUUGGAAACACAUUUCGAGAGAGGGUAAGAGACUUGUUGGAGAAGGAUGAGGCUUCAGUUCCAACAGAACUACAGAAAGAAUUGGAGGAUAUUCUUCAACAGGAACAACCAUCAACUCUGUCCUUCAGAACUGCAAGAAAACUUCAUAAAUGUCUGCAAGACAAUGGUAUUUAUAAAUACAGUUAUAUUACAUAUAGCUACACAGGUCUUAAAUUUCACGAAUUAAGUACUAGCCUAUGUGUGCUUUUCCUUCCUCUCAGGUCAACCCUUCUACCUUAAUGAGUUGUUGGAGGACAGCUCAUUGCACCUGCCUAAGGUUGAAACACCCCCCAGAGUAAGUGAGAUCUCGGUGUAUGGUUAUUCCUUCAGUUACUUAAUUUGAUCUCCAUCAUGAGGACCACACUAAAGUGUUACACCCUGUUUGUGACAGAACCCUGUGCUUGUGGCUCGUCUGGAACGAAUCAAAGCCAAGUUGGCCAAUGAAGAAUACAACAGGAUCACACGGAAUGUAAACACUCAGGUGAAUUGCACAGUGCACACUCAGCAUGUAGCCUACUGUAUGUAUUGGAUUGACAUAUUUGGGUUUGGGGUUGUGUUGUUAAUUCAUAUGAGUUCUUCUCUGCCCCCCAGCAAAUUAAUCGUCGUGAAACACUGGCAGACUUUGGGAGAGAAGGUUGGUAUGGGUUACAAACGUUUGCAUGCAAUCUGUCUCUAAGAUUCUUACUGUCCUCUUCAUCUACCUUUUCCUCAACCCAUCCUCCUCUAAUGUUGACGUGUGUGUGUGGUCUGUCUCUAGUGCGCUCAGCCAAAGCUGCUGUUGUGACAGUCUUAAACUUCCUAGUGACAGUGGUGGCGACGUUCGCAUGCUCCUAUCUCGGCAGCCAAUACCUCUUCACAGAGACAACGUCGGUAAGAAUCCAUACAAAGAUCCCUCACUCGUACAAGCUGGGAAAGCAUAAUCCCCUAUUGCCUGACGAGAUUAAUCGUGUCACUUAAACCUCGAUUGCAUGAUAAGCGAUGAUUAAACUAGUACUGCAUUGUGUUGUAAUAUGACAAAAAUAUUGUUUGAAAAUGUAAUCACGAAGAAAGCUACAUUUCAAAACCCUUUAACCCUGUUUAAGAAUCAGUAUCUUUGUUGACAUGUUUGCUUGUGUGUUUCAGAGGGUGAUAUCUGCAGUGAUUGCUGCGUCCGUAGUCGGCCUGGCAGAGCUGUAUGUUCUAGUAAGGACCAUGGAGGGAGAGCUAGGAGAACCAUAGCACCGGUCUGUGUUCUUAUCAACAAAACACAUUCCUGGAGAACUAUGCCCUUACCUGACCCACCAGUGGACUUCAAAAAGGAAAUCAAAGGGGUUACAUUUACAUUACAUUUGAGUCAUUUAG